CUGCCUCCUCCUACCCUUCCCUCGCUGAAGCCCUCUCGCGCCUCCUCCCACUCCCACUGGACAGAGAGGAGGUUAGUGGAAGGCGGGCUAGGAGGCUACGCCGCCACAGACGCGAAGCGAUAGCGUCGGGGGGAAGCAAGGAAGCGGGUGGCAAUGGCGACCGGCGGCGGCGGUGGGAGCGACGACUUCCACGGGCUCACGUUCGGCCAGAAGAUCUACUUCGAGCAGGACGCGGGCGCCGCCGGGGGGAGCGCGACGGGCGGCAGGAAGGGGAAGGGCGCCGCGGCGUCCGCGAGCGCCGCCCAGCCGCCGCGGUGCCGGGUGGACGGGUGCGGCGUGGAUCUGAGCGCCGUCAAGCAGUACUACUGCCGGCACAAGGUGUGCUACAUGCACUCCAAGGAGCCGCGCGUCUUCGUCGCCGGCAUCGAGCAGCGCUUCUGCCAGCAGUGCAGCAGGUUCCACCAGUUACCUGAAUUUGACCAAGGGAAACGAAGCUGCCGCCGCCGCCUCAUUGGUCACAACGAGCGCCGGAGGAAGCCACCACCUGGACCACUCACCUCACGAUACGGCCCGCUUGCUGCAUCACUAGUUCAAGAGCCUGGUAGGUUCAGGAGCUUCCUGCUCGACUUCUCGUACCCGAGGGUUCCAAGCAGCGUGAGAGAUGAUGCGUGGCAAUGGCAAGGGAUGCAGCAUGGCGGCGACAGGAUGCUGCUGGGUACCGCCAGCGCCAUCCAGUGGCAUGGGAACCAAGAACCUCACCCACCACAUCGCAGCGCAGCUGCGGGCUAUGGCAACCAUGCGUACAACAACUGCCAUGGUGGCGGCGGCUUGGUAGCAGCAGCAGCGGGGGCGUCAAUGCUCUCCUCUGCCUUCGAGCCCCCGCCUGGCGGUGGCGGAUGUGUCGCAGGAGCUACCGCGGCCGACUCCAGCUGUGCUCUCUCUCUUCUGUCAACUCAGCCAUGGGAUACGCCCACCCAAAGUGGCAGCAGCCACCACAACCGGUCCCCAGCGAUGUCCGCGGCUGCAGGCGCCUUCGAAGUGGCGCCGUCGUCCGUCGUGGCGAGCAGCUACACGGCGUCGAGCUCCUGGUCUGGCUCACGGGACCCUGCCGACGGCGCCAGGAAAAACGCGCAGCGUCACGAUGAUGGCCUGCACCUGGUCCAUCCACCAGGCCCCGUCCACCACGGCCACUUCUCCGGCGAGCUCGAGCUCGCCCUGCAGGGAAGCGGCCCGCCGCAUGUCGACCAUGGCGGCGGCACCUGCUUCAGCCAUUCUGACACCAACGCGAUGAAUUGGUCCCUGUAGGGACAACAACUUUUGCCGCCACUGCCUUGAUCCGGUCGGCACGCCACGAGACAUGGAGCACUUGGGAUUGGGACACCCUGGUUUUGUGCCCCUGACCUUGCCGUUCUGGUUUUUCAGGGUGGAACUAACUGGGAUUCCCUAGGCGUAGAUCAUGAAUCCCCUUUCCCCGUGUAACCCAUUGCGUCCAUGAAGUCGGCCCAACACCGGAUCAUAUAUAAUUCUACAACUCCCAUAACCUAAAUCAUUCUUCAGUUGUGAAGAUAUAUGCUUGUCAAGUGACCUGGUUUUAUUUUAUCUGCCAUCAAUUCAUC